UUUUUGUGUAAGUAAAAAUCAAUUAAUAAAUAAUUUAAUGUUUUGUAAUUGAUUUUGUGUUGACAAAUGGUUAGGUUAAUUUGAAAAGAAGAAAUAGAGGACGGAAAGAACACAGAGAUUAAUGGAUCUUGUUCCCUCAACGAAUUGUUUAAUAAUCUGAGAAGGAGAGAGAAAAUAGGUAUUGAUUACUAUUGAUUUAGUUGUUUAUAUAAACAAGAUUAGUUUUGUAAUCGAAUGAAUGAAUGAAAACACCGCCAUCAUUACUUUCUCUCACCAUUGACUCAGCCGUCCUUAAUCUCUCCGACAUCUCCGAUCUCUCUCCCAUUCCUGAUCACAUUCUCCUUGAUCUCUUCCUGAGAAUAUUGAAAGCUGGAAAGCUGACUGAAAAAGUUCUCAAACUGUUUAUAGCAACAGGUAACGAGGAAGUAAUCUCACUUGUUCAAGCACUGAAUAUCCGACAUAUUGUGACCCCUGUUCUUCCUACCAGAUGUUCUGAGAAAUUCUAAGAUAAUAUUGAAGCUAUCGCAAGACGUUUGAAUCCAACUCAACAGUUUUAAAUUAAGGCGGCCAAUCUAGACUUUUGGUUUGUGAAAUAAUCUGUAUUGUAUACCUCACAAGAUGUCUCAAGUAAUUAUCAACGACAACGAAGUUGACAUUGUGAUCGGCGCGCUGCACUCUAACCUCACUCCUUUUAUGAAUGAGUGGAAGUCAAUUUUCUCCCGUUUCCACCUGAUAAUAGUCAAAGAUCCUGCCCUCAAGGAAGAACUCCAAAUUCCCGAAGGAUUUAGCGCAGAUGUCUAUACAAACUCUGAAAUUGAGCGAGUGGUGGGUUCCUCCACUUCUAUUCGCUUCUCUGGUUACGCUUGUAGAUAUUUUGGCUUUCUAGUUUCAAAGAAGAAGUAUGUUGUCUGUAUUGAUGAUGAUUGUGUUCCAGCAAAAGAUGA